UUUUGUUUAAAAAAAAAAAGAAGUUGUAUUUGUCAGGAGAUUUGGUGUUUGUUUGUUGUUUGUAAACCAUAGUGGUGAUGACACAUUCCACCUUCAAACAUGGCAAACGGAUACGUUGUUAAAGCUUCCAUAUUGUUGUGUACUCUGUUCUCCAUUUUUGUCACUUCUUCUUCGUAUCUGGAAUAUAAUCUCGAAAAUAGUAAAGUUUGUUCCAUUGUAAGAAAAAGAGAACUGAAACUGCAGGAGAAAGAAAACUCUGCUAUCUCUUUGAAAGAGCUUCGCUACUUUGAUAAGUGGUCAGGGGCAUAUCCAUUCAAUUGUAACUUCACUGUCACUGCUCCCUGGGGAUAUGGCAUAAUUGCGAUCAUUCAAAAUCUGGAUCUUCGUAAAAAUGAAUCGACGCAUGAAUGCAUUGAUUAUGUGCAGUUUCAGAAACGUCAUACUAAGUUCAAAAUGAUAUUUGGAUCAGAUCCUGAAAGAAGCCAGCAGUUUUGUGGUAUUGUCAAUUCAAUCCAUGAACCAGAUGAUGACUCUGAUGAAUUGAAAGACUAUGUUAUGGCACAUAAUGCUUUCCUUGACGAUAAAGGAACUUUAGAUGUGACUAUCUCAGUAGCUAAUCAACAACUUCUAGCAUCUGAAAAGCUUGACAUAUCUAUUAUUUUUACUGCUUACAAAAUGUGCAGAUAUGGAGAUAAUGAUGGAUUCAAAGAGUGUUCUGCAAGAAGUGGCAUUUGUAUAUGGGAGGGAUUUUUUAAAGACACGAAUGUAAAUUGCCCUUACAAUGACUGUUUUGAUGAAGGAGGUUGUCCUGUGAUAUCUCCAGGUGGGAAGAGGCAGAGUUCUGGUCUAGGCACAAAAGUUACAAUUGGAGCUGUAGUUCUUAUACUGGGGCUGCUUUUGCUGUUCAUGUUUUGUCUAUUUGUCUGCCGGCGGUGUCAAGUACUUUGUUGGUCUGGUUCAUCUGCAUCUCGACAACAACGUUCAUCACAGCAGUCAGGACGAGUUGAGAUGUCAACUCCCAUGGGAAAUGUGGGAGUAUCAUCAGGACAGAGCCAGCCUACUGCACCUCCUCUUUUACCUGUCUCAUCAGCAACAUCUCCCGUCCAUGAAGACAAAGAUCUUCCUCCUCCAUAUGAAUCUCUCUUCCCUUCAAGGUAAUUGAGAGUUAUUUUAUAUAUUAUAGGUUUUAAAAUAAAUUAUACCAGUGUUCAAUCAAUUAUACCAUGUACAUGUUUGAAAAUGAAAAGUUAACUGUAAAGUUUUUUUUGGUGAUUGGAGGUUUAGCAUCUGCAAUGACUAUAAUCAUGCAUUUAGUGCCCCGUGUAAGCUCUAUGGGCUACUUUCGUAGAUUGGUGAAAAAAUUCAGUAAAAGAGUGAUCUGAAUAGUACUGCUUCUCCAUCUAAUCUCACACAUGGUUUUGCAGUAGAUGUGGAAAUCAGGAAAUAUAUUUUUGAUAUUUUUUGUGAUGUCAUUUUCAAAGAUAUUCUAUCUACACUACUAUUUUUUGAUAAACAUUUAGCUGUUAAUUUUUUGGAAAUUUUACCCAGUUUACAAAUCAAUGUAUUUUAUAUGUUUAUUGUAUUGUGUGAAAUUUAUUACCAGUGCCACAUAACUCUGAUACUACUGUACUCUGACAAAUAUGUUUUUUUGAGUCAGUGUUUCCCAUUGUGCUCCCUUUUGAAUUCUGUUGUUUGAUUCAGCUUUGUACCGUGUACAUGAAAGAAAGAGAUAGCGUCUUCUUUAAUAUGGCUUCCAGGCCAAGACCAAUAAUUGUCGAAAUCCGAGUGUACGGGAAAGUAAUUGUAAGACUUGAACAAAACUACUUCUUUGGACCUGUUAGACUUAAGUAGGGUAAGACUAUCCUCUAUUCUCCUCCAUCAUUUCCCUAUCCCUCCCUAAAAUAAAAUUAAAACAGGAAUCUACUCCCAACUUUGCCUAGCCUAGGCAGUCUUUGGUGUGUUGAGACUCUCGACAAUUCCUCUAACAUUUAUAUUCUUAUAUAUCUGUAUACUCUGUUUGCUCUGUAACAUGCUUCAUAACUGGUUUGUGGACCAUUUUAUGUUUUAAGACAGCAAACUACUGAUCUACUUGGGUGUUCAUUCUAUAUAUGUGGUGAUAUAUUUCUUUUCAUAUUCCAAGCCUCUCUGAUGAGCAGAUAAGCAUGAAGUGUGGAUUGUAUUAUAAUCUACUCUUUAUAGUAUUUUCCAGUAUUGUAUUUAUAUUUGUCUUAUACCUUUUGUAUAAAGGUAUUUUCUCAAAGUUAUUUCCGCUCAAACUGUGUCAGCUAAUUGUGUGAUUUAUCAAAAUCAUUUUUACUGUCCAGUUGAACCAUAUGUCUUAAGAAUUUGUUAUUUUUUCUAACUAAAAGCAGUAUUGAACAAAUAUAUUAACAGGUUAUAAUUUUGGUUCUAUAGUGCUUCUGUUUGUGCCCUUACAGCAUUUUGCAGUACUUCAAUCAGUUUUUGAGGUUUUAUUUUGUAACUCCUCAGUAAAUCUGGUAUGGGUGUCUAUUAUAUUUUAUGAUGAUGUGGUAUGGUAUAGCCUGUUUUCCAUGGAUUCUGUAUUUUGUUGUAUGCUAGUCGAUUGUGUAUGUUCUACUAUGUAUUAAUUUAUGAGAUGUUUUGAUUUGCCAAAAUGCUUUUUCCUUUUUGGCUUCUUCCUUCUUUUUUUUUCUUUUUUUUUUUUUUUUCGUUUUUUUUGUAAAUUAAUGUCUUGAACGUCAUUACAUUUACACUAAUUUUUUUUUUUAUCUGUUCUUUUCUGAGAAAAAAUUACCGAAGAUAUGGUAUUAUUACCUUACAGAAUUGUUUUAUAAUUCAGUGCCUUGUUCUCGUGAGUGCCUUAUUCACCGGAGUAUAAUACCCCCUUUCUCUGCACAUCCGCCCCCCCCCCAAAAAAAAACAACAAAAAAAACAUGACCUAUAGAUGCGCUUGGUGUUUGGGGACUCACUGAGGAGUUCCCACUAAAAUACUUUUCUGAAAAACUUGAGCCCUUUUAAGUGGGUGGGGUCUUAUACUCAGAUGAAUAUGGCAAAUUCCAAUUCCUUGUUAUUUUUCUUUAUUUUUUUUUUUUAAAGUGUCCAAACAGCUGCAUAGCAUCCCCGAGCCUUUCUCUUAAACUUUGUCUAGAUUUUGGCUGGUAUUAUUGAAGUGUUACCAUAUUAUGUCUAAGCCGUGCACUUAUAUAAUGCUUUUGUAAGAUCUUAUCAUUUAAUAGGGCUGAUUGUUUUGAAAGAGCUGCUGAAAAAAAAGGAUAUGUUUGAUAUUGUUUGGGAAGCGGUAAUUAUCGUAAGUAUAGAGUAGAUUAUGUUUUUUCCUUGCAGGAUCUUGUGAGGGUGUGUGUCAAUCAGUUUCUUCACAUUUUUUUUAUCAAUUACAAAAACUUUCUCUUUCUUACUAGCAACUUAAGUUUCCUUUUGUUGUCCGUUGUGUGAUAACGUAAAAGUCCGAUUUUUCCCCCUUACAUUUGAAAUGAUCUGUAAAUACUGGCUUGAUUUUGUGUUGAAAGUGUCCUUUAUAAUCUCAAUUUGAUCUUUUCUUGAACUACUUGAACAUAAAUGUCUGCAACUUGAUCUGCAAUUCCAUCUAAGUUAUCAUUCUGUAUGUGCUGUUUAACAAAUGUGAGUGUAAAACUGUAUGGGAGAGUGAGCAGCACUGCCACUUACAUUUUCUGUGAUUUUUUACUCUGUAAGUUUAGUGUUUAUAUGUAUGUUUGCAAUGUUAUUAUCUGUGUCAAAUAUAUUUGUGUGACUUACAUACUUA